CUGCUGUCGUUUGUCUAUCGUGGUGGUUUGGAAGUAGAAGUUUUUCAUUUAUUUCGGCCGCUGUAAUCUAGAUAUUUUAUAUUCCCAAUUAAUUAUGUCCUCCCAUGGUCGCAACGAGUGUCGAAUCUAUGUCGGCAAUUUACCUCCAGAUAUACGCACUAAGGACAUUCAAGAUUUGUUUCACAAGUUUGGAAAAGUUACAUUCGUUGAUUUAAAAAACCGCCGCGGGCCGCCAUUUGCUUUUGUGGAAUUUGAAGAUAAUCGAGAUGCGGAUGACGCAGUAAAAGCACGCGAUGGCUACGAUUAUGACGGGUAUAGACUUCGAGUGGAGUUUCCGCGUGGCGGAGGUCCCGGUAGUUAUCGCGGAAGCCGUGGUGGAACCAGUGACCGAGGUAGUGGCAGGGAUAGAAAUAAUCGUGGUCCACCGGCCAGACGGUCGCAGUUCCGAGUUAUGGUGACAGGUCUGCCGGCAUCCGGCUCGUGGCAGGAUCUCAAGGACCAUAUGAGAGAGGCCGGCGACGUUUGUUUUGCCGAUGUAUAUAAAGACGGAACUGGAGUUGUAGAAUUCUUACGCCAUGAAGAUAUGAAGUAUGCCAUAAAAAAACUUGACGAUUCCCGGUUCCGUUCUCAUGAGGGAGAAGUAGCAUACAUCCGUGUGCGUGAAGAUUCCUCCGACGAUCGACGUGGCGGCGAACAUCGUGAUCGGUCUUACUCACCUCGCAGACGCCGUGGCACACCAACUUAUUCUCCAGUUCAACGAAGCUUUUCACGGUCCCGUUCUCGCUCUUUCAAUUACUAGAGCUUGUGAGACAAUGCUACACCAGUCAUUCGAAUCCUGCUGGAUGGAUUCCAAGUAAAUUGACGAUUUUUCUGAUUAUUUCAAAAUUAAGAAAUUAUAAAAUAUCUAUCUACUACGCAUAUUCCGCCACCAUGCGACAAGUGUGUCACUGUAAUAACUUGAAAUACUAAUUGAGCGCAAUUUUUGAAAACUCAGGCAAGCUAGCUUCAAGGAAUAUUUUAAUCAUUUUAGUACAUUCCUAAGUUACGACAAUUCAGUUUAAGUUCAUUAAAAAAUUAUCUUCUAUUUGAAAAUCAAGUAUCUGCACGUAUAACUAUUAUCAAUCAUUCAGACUGAGGCGGAAGCUGCGGCAUAUUUUCGUAGAUUGUAAAAUAUCUUAAAUGGGAAAAGGAGAAAAUUGAUCCUAUGAAUCAUUGAAUAAUAUCUGUGUUCUGAUCUCUCCUUCUAGCCUGUGAAAUGCGACACGAGAUCUCUAUCGAAAACUGGAUUGGAUGAUUUAUUUCUUUUAUCCUUAUUCUAUCUUCGUACUUGCCUUGUUUUCACGUUACAUUCUAAAACCUGUUUCUUCUUUUUUUAAACAGGAAAAUGGAAACUUCUUGCUUAUUUUUUGUCUGACAUGACGCGAAUGUUUCCUGCUAGGAAUUUGGAUCAGGAACCAAGGAAUUUCUAAGAUCUGUAAAAGUCGGAUGCCCCUUUACUCGUUUACUAUGCAGGAUGCAUUUAUUUCGUCUUAUGGAAUACUGGACCCGAACAGGAUAGGAUUCAGGUUUAGCAACCCAAGCGGUCGUACAUAUUCGUCUUUUCACUAUCUGGAGGAAUCGGAAUUUGGGAUUACAGGAUAACUGAAGCAGGACUUUCCGUUUUUUUAUAACUGAGUCAUUUUCUGAUUUGCACACAACUUCGCGCUGUUUCUUCUGGUUUUUUCCUAUUUAUUAAACUGUAGAGUGGAGUAACUACGCUUGUAUUUGUAAAUAUGUUUUAUCGUCAUAAACAUUACGCACGUAAUUGAUUGUUAUUACGAUAAAACAUCAUUCUUCUUGAGAGCGAAUUACUUUAUUCUAUAGUAAGUUUUCGCCUAUAGAAUCAUUGUUGAGUAUGUUAGUUCAGUGUCUGUUUUAAGUGAAACAUAGAGGAAGAUUUGCACAAUCCGCAUAAAUUUAAAACAAUGGUGGUAACAGUAUAUUAUGCACGCUAAAGUUGCGAAUGAAUAUUCAUGAGAAUAAUUUAGAAACCGUGGUAUAAGGUGUCGAAUUUGAGAAACGUGCAAAACAAAAUCAAGAUGGAGUUGCUGUACAAUCACAAAGGAUCUAUAUUGGAAAUGGAUGGAAGGAUGGACAGUUAAAAGCAGGAUUCAUUUAAAACUAAGCAUUAAACUCUUUGGAAUAAUGGAACAUCAGCACGAGAUUACAGAUGGAUUAUAAACAUGCAACUAAUAAAAACUCAAACAAUGGUUCUAUAGGUGAAAAGUGGCUAAUUCUUAGCGAUUUUAAAGCUUGGAAUUGUUGAAUUAGUUUUGUAUAAACAAGCUUCGAUUUGCAAGUUACGGAUGGUGGUCUAAGGAAUUUGCCAAUGAUAGGAUUUUGCUCUCGUGGACUACGUGGGAUACCGUCUUUUGGGACUUGUCUUCAGGAAUGGAAAUUAACAAUUUUGCCUCACACUUAUUCGUUAAGUCAUUAUGGACACCGCGGGAAAAGAGAUCUUGUGUUCGUUCGCAUUUUGGCAGUACCAAGGAAAUGUUGGAAAGGAACGUUGCCAGAGGAGAAAGGAAGGAGCAACUGGUGUGUAUUAGCUUUAUUUCUUAUUUUUCCUCUUUAUUUAGCAUUUUUAAUCUCUCUUAAAUUUUUUACCUAAAUCUUUGAUUUCAACAUUUGGCAUUUUAACAUUCCGCUGUUUGCAAAAAGCGAUAUUUGUUGGGAAAAUCGCUUUUGUAAACAAUAGCGGCUAGACUUGGUUUGAACGUUUUCUACUGCAAGGCACCUUGUUUUUAUUUUUUACAAAAACUAAAUUACACUUGCUAAUUGAUCUUUUAAAAGUAGAGGCGAGCAUGUAAAUUUUGUUUAUAUAAAAUCAUACAUCCAUACAUCAUUUUUGUCCAUUUUUACCGUACAGUCGAUCUAACUGUAUGAAAGCGUUUUUCACCGUGAGGAAUGUAACGACAGAUUUUAGAGUAAUAGUUAUUUUCAAGGGCAAGGAUUUCAGGAUUAAAACUUUAUGGGUGUGGCCGUUACAAUCACAGAUUUGUCCGGUCUUGAAGUUUAUAAUUUCAACAGAUCCGAAAUUAACUUCCUAUAUCCCAUGUAUGUAUGGCUGAUUUUUCGUUUUUGGUUAUCUACGAAGUUUACCAUAAAACAAUUCGUUAAGCGUAACUAUGCAGCCUUUAGAGCAAUUCUGUCACUACGUUCUAAAACAAAAAUAUACAUAGUCAAUUGUCUUAAAACGAUUAGCUGUUGAUUUUAGUAUCGAAAAUUAUGUAUCAGCUAUGCUGCCGCUCUCCGCAUAACAGUCCCAUUUAUAUAGGAAACUCCAUAGAAAAUGCGACGGUUAUGCAAAUAGCGGCAGUAUGCUACCAUGGGAUAGAAAGAGUUAAAAAUGAGGACCAAGAAAUAUCGUCGCUGCUCGUCAGAUUAAAACUGCCUGUUUGCUCUUGAGAAUAACUAAAUGAAGCAUACUUUUCAACAACUAGAAACUACGAAAAACUUCUCGGUGGUUGCUCAUGGUAACAUUGAGAAUAAAGAGAUUUCAAAAAUAAUUCUACACG